ACCCUCUUUUGAGAAUCAUUUGGAGGCCAACGAUAAAUGUUUAACAGAAGAAGGCAACUCCUCUUUCUUGAAGACUUUCUUCAACGGCCUUAACGCUCUCUCAGGGAUUGGAAUACUAUCAGUACCAUAUUCACUAGCUUCAGGUGGAUGGUUGAGCCUGCUGUUACUUUUAAUUGUAGCAAUGGCUGCAUUCUACACAAGCUUACUUAUAAAGCGAUGCAUGGAAGCCGAUUCGAGUAUAAGAACUUACCCUGAUAUCGGAGAUCGUGCAUUUGGAAAGAUUGGAAGAUUAAUAACAUCAGUGUUUAUGUGUACAGAGUUAUACUUGGUUGUAACAGGUUUCCUGAUCAUGGAAGGAGACAAUCUGCAUAACCUUUUCCCUGAAAUGAAAUUCGAUACGUGUGGACUAAAAAUUGGAGGAAGAGAGAGCUUUGUGUUGAUUAUUGCUCUUAUUAUUCUUCCUUCAAUCUAUUUGGAUGAUCUGAGUAUUCUUUCUUACAUAUCUGCUACUGGUAUUAUCGCAUCUGUUGUGAUAAUCAUGUCCAUUUUUUCUGUUGGCACGCUUGAUGGAAUCGGAUUUCACAACAAAGGGGAACUCCUAAAUUGGUCAGGCAUUCCUACAACUGUUAGUUUAUAUGGAUUCUGUUAUUGCGCUCAUCCUGUUUUUCCUAGCUUAUACAACUCAAUGCAGAAAAAACAUCAGUUUUCGAAGGUAUUACUUCUCUGUUUCCUUUGCUCAACUAUUGGCUACGCGUCCAUGGCAGUCAUUGGCUAUCUGAUGUAUGGUUCAAAAGUAAACUCUCAAAUAACUCUGAAUCUUCCAAUUGAGGCAUUGAGCUCCAAGAUCGCAAUCUACACUACAUUGGUGAAUCCGAUAUCCAAAUAUGCACUAAUGUUAGAACCUGUUGUGAAUUAUACCGAAAGCUGGUUCCCAAAUCAUCACAAGAAAAAAUACAUUAAGUUUAUGUUGAGGACUGGUUUGGUUACUAGUCAAGUAAUCGUAGCAUUGGUUGUUCCAUUUUUCGGGUUUCUCAUGUCUCUUGUUGGAGCAUUUUUAAGCAUUACUGCGUCAAUUAUACUUCCUUGCUUGUUUUACUUGAAGAUUUCAGGCAAAUGCAUAAGAGGAGGCGAGGGACUAUUAGUGUUAGGCACUGUAAUGUUUAGUAUAUUGAUUACAAUAUUUGGUACUUACACUUCUUUGGUAAAAAUUAUUCGAGAAAACGUUGUAGGUUAUUACUAACUUCAUUGAUAUAUGUAAUGAUGUACAAUUCAAUCA